AUGCGGUGGCUGUGGCCGCUGGCCGUCUCCCUGGCGGUGGCGUCGGCGGCCGCGGGGCCGAGCGGCGGCCCCGGGGACCCCCCUCUGCCCCCCGGGGGGCUCCCGGCCGGGGCCCCGGACCCCCGAAGCCGGCCCCGGAGGGGCACGGAGGACAAGGAGGCCCGGGGGGUGCAGACGUACGUGCCCGAGGAGGCCUGGGCCGAGUUCCCCCGGCCCCUCCGCCCGCCCGCCGGCCCCCAGCCCACCGCGGCCCGGGCGGCCCCCAGCCCCCGCCCAAGGGGCCCUCCCACGGGGGGCCCCCCGACCGGGGUGCCCGGGCAGCGGCUGCAGAUGCAGAACCCGCUGUACCCGGUGACGGAGCGGUCGUACGGGGCCUACGCAGUGCUGCUGCUGGCCCUGACGCUGUUCGCCGUGGGCGUGGUGGCCAGCCUGGCGGUGCUGUGUGUGGUGGGCCACAGCUACCAGCUGCAGAGCGCCUGGUACGCCAUCCUGGCCAGCCUGGCCCUCUGGGACUUCCUGGUGCUGGUGCUCUGCCUGCCCGUGGUGGUUUUCCACGCGCUGGCCCAGAGGCGGCUGCUGGGGGACGCGUCCUGCCGGGCGGUGCCCUUCCUGGAGGUCUCCUCCCUGGGGGUCACGACCUUCAGCCUCUGCGCCCUCGGCAUCGACCGCUUCCACGUGGCCACCAGCACGCUGCCCGCGGCCCGCCCUGCCGCCGAGCGCUGCCGCUCCAUCCUGGCCAAGCUGGCGGUCAUCUGGGUGGGCUCCAUGGCGCUGGCCGUGCCCGAGCUGCUGCUGUGGCAGCUGGUGCCGGAGCCGGGCCCCGCCGAGCCCGGCCCCGCGGACGCCUGCGCCAUGCGCCCGUCGGCCGGCCUGCCCGAGUCCCUCUACUCGCUCGUCCUCACCUACCAGCACGCCCGCACCUGGUGGUCCUUCGGCUGCUACUUCUGCCUGCCCGUCCUGUUCACCGUCACCUGCCAGCUGGUCACCUGGCGCGUGCGGGGCGCCCCUCCCGGCGGGCGCAGGCCGGCGUGCCCCGCGGGCAAGCACGGGCAGGGCGGGGGCCGGCCCAACGCCACGCUGGUGGGGCUGACGGCCGUCUUCGCGCUGUGCACGCUGCCCCAGCACGUGUGCAGCCUGGUGGGCGCCUACCUGGCGGCCGACCUGAGCCGCCCGGCGCUGGGCCUGCUGGGCCUGGUGGCCCAGUUCUCCGCCUUCUUCCAGGCAGCCCUCACGCCCGUGCUGCUGCUGUGCGUGUCGCGCCCGCUGGGCCUGGCCUUCCGGGGCUGCUGCUGCUGCUGCUGCGAGGCCUGCGAGGGGCCCCCGGCCGCCCGGGCCGCCCCCGGCCCCGCCGACGCCAAGCUCAAGACCGAGAUGGCGCCCUCUGUCUUCUUCCACAAGCCCCGGGGGGCGUCGCCCGGGCUGCUGCCCCUGGGCACGCCCUGCUGA